GAAAGCAUAAAGAAAUACGAAAUGAUGGAACAAGGACAAUCGAUACUGUAACUUGGAAAACAAAAUCUAAUGAUGGUUAUGGUGCACCCUCUCGUGUUUUUAUUGCAUCAAUGCCGUUUGAAGUGGCGAUUGGAGACGAUAAUAACUGGAGCAAAUGGGUGAGGACAGAUACACUUAGAAUUUGGCAACGGAAUCCUGGUGACCAUAUAGAUAGCUCCCUUGUUGGAUGUGAUGUAUUGGAUCAAUUUUUCUUUAUACACCAGCCAAACCAAGGAUAUAAGUUUCUAAGGACUACAGAUGAAGCUUCUUUAACCGAUUUCAUUAACAGUCUUCCCUAA